AAAAAUUCUUACCAAAACUUAAACCUUCUUCAGAGCCCCUUGCCCUGGUCGGAAUGUCCAACCUACGUGACUGCGGACAACCGGACAGUGCCGGUGGAAGAAUGUGACAUUAGCGGACCCACGUCAUAUUUCUGGUACCGACAAGCCCUCGACAUCUCCCCUGGCCUGGACGAGAGCGGCGGAGUGAAAUGGAAGAUGCUCCUCUGCCAUAUUUUUGCUUGGAUAGUCAUCUACCUGUGUAUCUGCAAAGGUAUCAAGUCCUCAGGAAAGGUUGUCUACUUCACGGCCACAUUCCCAUAUAUUGUGCUUACCAUCUUCUUCAUCCGAGGCAUAACACUGGAAGGAGCUGUUGAUGGGCUGGCUCAUAUGUUCACACCUAGGAUGGAUCAACUGAUGAACAUCCAAUGCUGGCUUGAUGCAGCUGCUCAGAUUUUCUUCUCAUUUGGUCUGGCUUUUGGUGGUCUGAUUGCCUUCUCUAGCUACAACCCCAUGAAGAACAACGUGGAGAAGGAUGCAAUUCUUGUGGGCAUCACAAAUUGGUUCACUGCUAUCUAUGCCUGUGCAGUGAUCUUUGCUGUGAUUGGCUUCAAGGCGACUGUCCAGUUCAAUAACUGCAUAGAUCACAAUAUUGACAUCAUUGGAUCUGUGUGUGGUGAGCAAGUCAACAACAACAGCACCCUCUUAUGCUAUGGAUACAACAAUGUUGGCAACAUAACUCGAGACGUGUAUAAAGAAGUCUUCGCAGAUAAUCUCACAUCAUACCAAAACUUCACUACCAAGACAUUUCGCGCCUGCAAUUUGGCUGAUGAUCUCAAUAAGGGUGUGGAAGGUACAGGUCUGGCAUUCAUCAUUUUCGCCCAAGCCAUCAACGAGUUUGGGUCAUCAGCUCCAUUUUGGUCUAUUGUCUUCUUCCUGAUGUUGCUUUCCCUUGGACUGGGUUCAGAAUUUGGAACAAUUGAAGGAGUGACCACCUCAUUGUAUGACUUGGAUCUUUUCCCUUGGAUGAAGAAGAAGUGGCUUGUGUCAGGUAUUUUAUGCACCUUCAUGUGCCUUGUUGGUCUCCUCUUUGUGCUGGGAAGCGGCUCAUACUGGGUGGCAUUGUUUGACACAUUUGCUGGCUCUUUUCCUUUGAUACUGAUUGCUCUUGGAGAGUGUUUCUCUGUUGGAUGGGUCUUUGGAGUUAACAGAUUUGGUGAAGAAAUUCAGUACAUGAUUGGACAUAAACCAAGCAUGUACUGGAAAAUUUGCUGGAAGUUCAUCGCUCCAUUCACCAUUGUGUCUUUAUUGCUUGGUACUCUUAUCAUCAAGUUCUCAAAUCCUAUUACUUAUAAAGUCUACAAUGCUGCUACAACACUGAUGGACAAUGUUUCCUAUCCAUGGUAUGCCAGCGUGCUCUGCGCUUUGUUGGUUUUUGCCUCAGUCUUGUGGAUUCCUGGCAUCGCUAUUCUAAGAAAAGUGGGAGUCUUGAAAUAUGAUCAUGCGAAACAACUGGCUGCAGACAUGCACAGGGCAACAGCAUCCACGGCCAAGUUUAUUGGAAGUCAAAUAUCUACCAGGUCAGAUGACAGAGACUCUGGGCAUAACUCAGAUGAAGAUGCAGCUGCAAGAGAGCCUGAACGCCCAACUGAGUUUACUAUUGAGGACAUUCUGCCCGCUUCAAGGAGAACAGGAAAUGGGGAGAGCAAAGUUUGAUUAAAACUUAAGAAAAGAUAAUCAUUAGUCUUCUGAAGGGGGGAAAUUUGACAAUGUUCAUACCUUUCCAUUCCUACGGUUUGCCGUGUGUUUGCUGUUUGGGUGAUACUAUAUUUCACCCCCACUGUAUGUUCUAUUCAACAGAACUUUGAGAUUAAUUUAGUUAGUAUUUGCACUCGCAUUCACAGGAAUAAAAUAAUCAUCCAUUUCUUAGUGUUUUCCAAUAAGAUAAAAAUGUGGAAAAGCCUUCAAUCUUAUACCAAAGGAAUUCUUCUUGCAAAGAGAAACACAGCAGCUGUUGAUGUUGAACACAAAUUUUGUUAAAAAGAUGAGUUACAAUUAAAGAAAGAAAGGUUCAUAUUCAAUUAUGUUUAUUCUUACUCUCAGUUAUUGUUUUGAUAUGCCACCACCUGUAAAGAACUACAUUUUUUAGAGAUAGGUAGAUAUCCUACCUUGAUCUGAACCGCUGUCCUAUGCUGCUUGCUCAAUAAUUCAAGCUGAUUAUUUUUCAUGAAUUGCUAUGGCUGCUUUUCUUGAGAAUAAGGCGUUCUGAUAAGACCUUAUAAUGGAAGUUUUACUGCUUUUUUUUAAAUGACAAAAUAAGAUAAACACCAAAGUUCCUCAAUAUUCUGUCACAUUCUAAAAAAUUAUCAUAGUAUCGGUGAUGCCAGUGUUUUCAGAGUUGUAAAAAGUGAUGUACUUUUUUCACUUUCAUACUGAGAACUUCAUGCAAUCAAUUGUACAUAGUCAUAGCAUUAUAUUAUUAAGAGUCUCAUAUUUGCACCAUAAACAUAUUUUUCAAAGGAAAAAAGGAAAGGCAGCAUUCUUUGAUUAUAUCAUGCAAACACUCCAAGAGCAGUCAACUGAGAUGAACUGAAAUAACUGAAUGCAUUUCCUUUUUUGUUUUGAGGAGUUGAAACUUCACCAGGGCUUCACUAGAUUCAGAUUUUUAGUUUUCUACUCUUUAAUUACAUUUAUCAAAGAUUAAACAUUUUUGCACUACAUUUCUUAAAGUAUUGAGGUUAAUGUCAUUUAAUUAUUCUAAAGAGGAAUUCAACAAGACUGAGAUUUAAAUCAGUUCUUUUCAGAUGAGUUUGCUUAACGAAAGAAAAAUUUCAAGGUUAUGGAAGUUUACAUUAUUUGGUGUAUUGGUCCAAAAAUGACAAAAGUAGUAUUAGAUUAUAAGCAGUAAUUUAUUGUUGCUACACAUACUUAUUUUCUGAAACCCACAUUUUUUAAUUGAACAGAUGAGGAUGAAUAAACUUGAUACACUCAACUUUUUUUUUCUUCAUAAAACUUUUAAAAACAGUAUUCUUUUCUUUUGUUCAUAGCUCUAUUGUUUCAUAACCUGUUAUGUUGAUGUGUAAGAGACAAAAUAUUGAGUCGAGAUCAUGCUAACCUUUUCAAUUUUGACAAGGCAUUUGCCAUUUUAUAACUGUUAUAUGAGACUUGCUUUAAAUUUGCUUCACAGAUUUUAUUAAACUUAUUUAAUUUUGUAUUGGAAUAUUCUAUGGUAUAUUACUUAAAUUAUUUAUUUAUCAAUACUUUACUUGUCCUCACCAUUACUUUGGAUAAGGGAACACUGUUAGGCAGAUUGUUUAUAGCGAAGGGAAUGUGCACACAUGGUGACGUACCGGGAGUUGAUGAGACAUGGAGUGAGCCAGACAGGUAUUAACGUGGAGACGAUAAUUUUAUGUGCCUUUUUUUAUACGUGGACAUGAUUAAAUACUGUUAAGGGUUUUUAGACCCCUAUUAUUGGCUCUUCUUUGAAUGUUUGUUUCUGCUUUUGUUUGAGCUGACUAAUCUUAAAUCCGUCAUUUUGAAGUCAAAGAUAAGGGCUUGAGUUGUGCCUCCAUACAGGUAGGCUGUGUUACAUGCCUUUUAUGCUUUUUCACUGUGAACGUAUACCACACUGGUCCCACAAAAUCUUAACCAUUAUUGUCUGUGUUCUAGAACACUUUUACCUUCCUUAAUCUAUUUGACUAAUAUAAUUCCAUGCAUUAAGCAGUCCUGAUACCGGUUUUUCUUAUCAUAUUAUUACUUUUUUGUCAAUUAAUGGGCUAGUGAUUAACUUGUAUUGGCCCGAGUGAUGUGUCUCAUGUGUAUUACAAAUCUUUUGUUGUUGAAUUUUUACAUUGAUCGACACAACCUUGACAAUAUUGCCUAUCAUCAAAAUUUAGUCAAUGUAAUAUGUGUCUGUUUUGACUUUAGUUUAUUGCAGUAUUUGAAUGGAAUGUAUAUUUUGAAAUGAAAUCUGGUACAAAGAAAUUCAUGAAAGUUGCUAUGUGAUGUAUCAUUUGUCAAAAAAGAUGGAGGAGUUAAAACUAACCUUUUAAUUAAGAAGCCUUUGAAUUCUCUUCCAGUUGCUAAGACCUCACUUUUAAUGAGACGGUCAAUCUUGCUCUUAUAUGGGCAUUAUUUUACAAUAGGCCUACUUUUAAGGCUGGUAGGUUGGAAUAUCAAAUUUAAAUAUAAUGUGAUUCAUUAAUGUUACAGGUUUUCAAUCUGUUUGUCAUGAUACAUUAAAACAGAUUUUAAACUUCUCCCUUCCCCGUUGACACAAUUCUUAUCAGUUAGGAAGCAGGCUGCUUCACCCCAGCUUUCAAGGUUAACCAGGCAGGAAUAUGCAGGCUACAAUCUCCUUCUACACAGAAAGAGAUACACAAUGAACUGUAUUCUCCUCGUGGGACACAAACUCACAUCUGUUGUGGGCGAGACAAAGAGCCUGACCAUUUUCCCAUACACUUUCGUCUGUAGCACUGGAAUCUCAGGCGUGGGUUACUUUCAGGCAGAGAUCUCGUGUCAUUGUUGGUUUGAAUUUAAUCUCUCCCUAUGUUAAAUUAUCAGCAUGAUCAUUCUUUAUAUGUUAACAUUUUGUUUUAUUGAUCAAUAUUAAGAACAUUUUGAGAUGCUUGAUAGAAUCUGUGAAUUAAGUAUUUAAUGAAAGACAAGCACGGCGUUACGUUUUUCACCCAGGAACAUACUGUUUUACAAACCAUAAUUUUUAAACUGUAGUGAACGUAUUGCAUAAUUUACAGACACACACAUCAUAUAUGUAUAGACAUAUUAUUUUAUGUAUAUAUAUAAUAUCAGAAGACAGAGACUAUGGACAUAAUUCAAAUGAAGAUGCAUUCUUCAAAGAUUCUGUUCAACAAUACAAAUUUUCCCGACCGCUAUUAAAAAAAUGUUCUCAUUUUAAUGCAGUCUUUCCUGUUUGAUGAGAGGGCAAUGGAGUUGCCUUCAAAAUAUACUCAGGAAAGUUUAUCAGUUCUUAUACCCUAACUCGGGGAAUGGUAUGCUUUAAACAGUAUGACUUACACGCAACUUAGAUGUAUCGGUAUACUGAUUUUAAUUGGAAAUGCAGUACAAGAGAGCAUCAUUCUUGUUGAAAUGCACACAUUGAUGAAGCUUUGCUCCAACUGGUUUCUAGAAAAUUGUUUAACAGGUGAAAAAGCUACUCUGAUUUAAAAAAUGAAAGAAGGCUCUAAAGUUAGCCUUCCUUACUUUCAUAUAAUUCAAAGUGCAUGCUGACUCCUGAUUUCUAUUAAGAACCAGUAAAUCAACCUCAGUAAUGGUUUUUAGCUAUAAGGGUAAGUAUAACACCAUCAAUAUACAGUUACAUUGAAACUGGAGGGUUUUCAUUCUGUGGUCUGUACGGGGAGGUUCCUAAUACUUCAACUUCAUAAAAAGUGUGUUUGUGAUCAUAUACAAUGUAAUACAUCAACACAUGUAUACAUACAUCACCAAACUUAGUUUCAUGGAAGUUUGUCAAAAUUGCGACCUGAAGUUUUCCUACUUGGCAUUGGCUUUUUAAAAAAAUUGUUUGCUGUGAGUUGGCUACCCUUCGAGUGUCUAUCAGAUACCUGCUUUCCAAUGCCCUAACCCCCCUCCCCCACCCCCCCCACCCCAUCCUCCAAUAAACACAGCUCUUUCUAAAAGUAAAACGCUUUAUCAAUGUCAGUGAGUUGAAUUUUGUAAAUUUGUUAACUUUGGCCAAUAUCCAUGUAAAAAUUGGUAUAGGUUUAUAGAAAAAUUAAGCCUUAUUUCACACACAUUAUUAUUAUUAUGCUCCUUGAGUGUCAUUUGUAAAAGAUGGAGGAAAAGAGGCUGUCCAGCUGUUCCCACACUUUGAGAAUGACUCAGGUAUUAAUAUUUUCUGCCAUUGUAUAUUGUUUUUCAAGAGCAAUACAAUGUUAGCGUAGUUUUCAUGUCUUGCCUAAAUAUGGGGUUUGUUUUGCUUUUUGAGCAAUUAGUUUCCUGACCCAACCGAACUUAAAACAUUUUCUCAUGACAUUUUAAGUCAUGCAACGUGCCUGACAUGCCUUUUGACUAAGUUAUGGUGCACUGCUAUAAUGUACAAGUCUUUGGUGCUAAUCAAAUGAGUUGAGAAUUGAAUGGACCUUUCACUGUCAAUACAGAAACACAGUGCCUUUGUAGCUACUUUUCUGAUGAUGAGAAAAGUAAGCAAAUUAACUUGCUCAUCCUACACCACCCCCUCCCCCCCCCCCCUCCACCCAGGAGUGAAAACAUCCCCCAAAAUGCUAAGUGGCGCAAAAUGGAAGGUCUCGGUCAUACAAAACUACCAAUCGCAAUAUUAGGAUACAUGCUUAUGUUGCAUUUUGAAAGUGUCUUCAUCAGUAUCAUUAUUUGGUUUGGGUUUUUUUAAUUGUAAGAGUGUAACACUCACUGGAGCUAAUUUUGAUGGCAGAUCCCACCCGCCCUGUGGGGAGGCAGGCGUCUUUUUAUUGCUUGACCCAGACUCUCUUUGGAUAGACUGGCACAGCGAGACAAAAGACUCACAAAGUAAGGCCAAUUGACUGUUUAGCCAGACUGGAUAUCAUAGAGCAGUAUAAUCAGCAGGGUAGAUGUCAUGCUCUUUGUUCAUGGGACAGGAAAUUGUUGGUAUGAAUUGGGUAUCAUUAUUUGAUGAUGUAUACAUUAAAAUAAUUUGAGAAUUCUUGAACUCAUUUUUUUUCAAGUUAAACAUUGUGUUUCAGAAAUGUUAACCACUCGAUUUAUCAUCAUGAAGGUUAUGUUUUCAUCUAAGUAUUCCUUUCAAGAUAUGUUUUGUGGUUUAGUGUCAUUGAAGUGGUUAUAUCAUAUUAAUAUAGCUAAAUAAAUGAAGCAUGUUGCUUCCUCGCUUUUCAGAACUCUGUUGAUUUUCUUUUUUUUUUCAUAUCUAGUCUUUCACUGUCUUUUUGACUACAUCAGAUUUGUAUACUGGAAAAAAAAUCAUAUUCCAGUCUUUAAUAGCAGAUGGAGCAUUUGCAUAAAAGUGGCUGUCUUCUUUCUCUGUAUUUUCAAAGUACAAAUAAUUGAUAUAAUGCUUAAAUCAAAGAUUAUCUUACUUUAUUUAUGUAACUUAUUUAUCUCACCAAUCAACCACGGCAGAAAUUUGCCUGCACUGGUUUUUGUUUGUCUUAUUACUCAGGAUAAUAAAAAAUGAUUGAUAACGUUG